GACGUCACUCCUCAUCCGCGGCAGAGAGAGAGAGCGGCGGCGAUCCGCUGCGGAGGAUGCCUACCCCGCUGCGGGGAUAACCGCCAGGCGAGAUGGCCGUUACUUUCUUCCUCGUCACAUCCCGCACCGCGACGACCCCUCGGCACCCAUGAAGCCCCCGUUGAUGAAGCCAAAACCGGCCAAAGCAAGGCGGAAAGAGGCCACUGAGCGAGAGAAUGUACUGGCGCGUCGGGUUCGCCUGGACGCGCUCGUGUGUGGUUGAUCUUGGCCGGAACCAGAGCUUCUCUUUCGGUCUGGGCGGCUCCGAUGAGCAGCUCUCGUUUUAUGGGUACAUCAUCGCCUACCCUCUGCAGGACUACGGCGGGAUCAUGUCGGCCCUUGGGUCUGACUCGUGGUGGCGGAAAACGCUUUAUCUGGCCGGGGGCGCUCUGCUCGCCACCGCUGCCUAUCUAUUGCACGAGCUGCUCGCCAUCAGGAAAGAACAGGAGCUCAACUCUAAAGAUGCCAUCAUCCUUCACCAGUUCUCCAGGCCAAAGAGUGGUGUCCCUUCCCUCUCCCCCUUCUGCCUCAAGAUAGAAACCUACCUACGGAUGGUAGACCUGCCCUACCAGAACUACUUUGAUGGGAAGCUUUCUCCCCAGGGGAAGAUGCCAUGGAUAGAGUACAACCAGGAGCAGGUGUCUGGUACAGAGUUCAUCAUCGACUUCCUGGAGGAGAAGCUGGGCGUGAGCCUCAACAAGAACCUCAGUUCGCAGGAGAAUGCUGUGUCCCGGGCUGUCACUAAGAUGGUGGAGGAACACUUCUACUGGACCAUAGCGUACUGUCAGUGGGUGGACAACCUGGAGGAGACCCAGAAGAUGCUGGCGGUGAGCGGCCCGCUGAGUGACCUACUCAAGUGGAUCCUGAGUCACCUGACCGGCGGCAUCGUGAAGAGAGAGAUGUACGGCCACGGGAUUGGACGGUUCACCAAGGAGGAGGUCUACACUCUGAUGGAGAAAGACAUGCGGACGCUGGCCACCCUGCUCGGUGAUAAGAAGUACCUGAUGGGUCCUAAGCUGUCCAUGGUGGACGCCACUGUGUUCAGCCAUCUAGCCCCUGCCAUGUGGACCCUGCCGGGCACACGGCCAGAGCAGCUCAUCAAAGGCGAGCUGAUCAACCUGGCCAUGUACUGUGAGAGGAUCCGCCGGCGCUUCUGGCCCGAGUGGUUCGUUGAUCUGGAGGACUUCUGUUAUGAUGACACCACAGAGGACGAUGACUCCCUGUCCAAACUCCAGGACCUGGGGCUGUACUCCCGCACAGACACCUUCCAGGAUGAGGCCAGUCCUCCUCACACACACACACACACACACACAAUCUCCCCAGACAGUGACCGCACGGGCCACUCACUCUACGACUCGGACAUGGACACGGAGUGCUCCGAGAUGGAGCAGCUCAAGUGUUGACCGCCAUAUGACUCACACACAACACACACACGCCGCCCCCAUACAGUGCCCUCUACCUGUUGAGGAGGGAAUAACUACUGGGGGGCAUUUCUGUUGCCAGUGGCUGUUGUUGCCUGUGCUAAUGAGGGAUGGUAUCAGAGCUUCUACACACAAUGUGCUAGAGGAACAAAAUACUGAAUAUCGAGAUAAAGGAACAGCAAAAUAGAGAAAAUAAGGGUAAUAUAGCAAUAGAGAAAGAGCCCAAGAGGGAUAGAGAGGAAAAGAUCAACCCGAAAGAGAUAAAAGGGAAAGCGAGAGGGAUGGAGAAAAGAGUUGCGAAAGAGAGAUCAGGAGUUAAUGACGCAAUCACUGAGAAACUCCUCCGCCUGGGUGACGUCAACACCUGUCGCCCAGUUUCUUGUUGUCGAGUUGCUCUUACCAUGGCAACCGUGUGUGUGUUACCUGUGUUCCCCAAUUGAGCUGCAUUGCCCCAACCAUGUGUGUUUGACAUACUGACCCCCUGACUUGCAUCCUUGCAAAAUAUGAGUCAUUAAAUUGAUAUUAUAUAUGAUAUGUGGGGAACUGUUCAGGCAAGAUGUGAAUGAGUACAGUUCAAUAUGAGUAUAAAUAGUAUAGAUAGCCUGCAAAUUAUAUAUAUUAUCCCAAUGUCAUAUAAUGUAAAUACUCUGUGUGGUUCUUCUGUACAACCUCUCAGUGCUUGUUUGAUAUGACCAAACUUCCUGGUGACCUUCAACUAACCCCUUGUGCUGGUCUAGGUUUUAGGAAUUCUAAUGCAUCUAUUUCUACCCAGAUGACUGACACUUUGCAUCUGCAGUCAGGUCUUAACCCAUCAUUGAGUAUUUCCUCAGUCCUUUGUAGAAUGGUCAUUGAUGUUGAGGGCGAGCUUCAGAUACUGUGGAUUGAGGGGACACCUCAAUAAUCUAAAGUGGCUUCCUUUCCUCGUCUCCUCUCCUUCAUCUGCACAGAUCUGAAAACAUUGGAUUGGUGAAAGCAAUAUGGUGGAUGCUUACUGGAACUUUAUUCCACUUAUCCAAUUAUUUCACCUCAGAUGAAGAAGAGGAGGAGAGGAGGCUACUUGAGAUCUUUAGUUGUGUGUAUGUACAUUCAGCCAUUGAGAGCGGAUGAAACACCCAUGUAGAAAUAGACUAAAUAGACUAGAUAUACUUGGAGGUGCAUGGCUAAUAGGUGCCAAUGAAAAUCACACUACCCUGCUGGUUAUCUGUUAUCUACGUUUCUACGCUGGCCUGUUUUAAUGUUUAUUGUGAUGCAGUGUGUGUGUGUGUGUGCCUCAGGCCAGAGAAAGCGCACAAUGAUGCAAUAGAUUGAAAAUAACUGUUAGGCCUUUGCUCAGCCUCUCUGUUCUCAUCAAAUACAUGGCGUGUCUACUCCCCUUUUAGAAUGAAUUGAUUCUAGAAAUAGAAGGAAUAGAAUGGCCAUUGUUACUUAUAGCAUCAAUUCACUCUGUGCUAUGCAUGAAACAACUACUAUAAUCCACAGUGUUGAUUGCCAGUCUUAUUUAAUAGUAGGCUACAGUAUGUGGAAUAGUGAAACAGUCUACUCUAAUCUUUCUAUUUCUAGUGCAUCACUGAUGUAUGGUGUAUGAUGGUGAGAUGUGGACAUUACAAGUGUUUGUCAUUCAGCAGACGCUUGUGGGUCCUGUGUGCGUGUGUGCGUGUAACAGAGGGUGUAGAAUUCUGUCCAUAUGGUGCAUCAAUGAGUCAUCGUACCUCAUGAGUUGAUUUUGAGGCGUACACCAUUUAUUCAGGCUGGGUGCUAACAGCUGACCCUAUACAGAUACAGACACAGAUACAUACCGAUACAGACACAGAUACAUACACAGAUACAUACACAUAUACAUACACAGAUACAUACAGACACAGACACAUAUACAGACAGAUACAGACAGAUACAUACACAGAUACAGACAGACACAUAUACAGUAUAUCACAAAAGUGAGUACGCCCCUCACAUUUUUGUAAAUAUUUGAGUAUAUCUUUUCAUGUGACAACACUGAAGAAAUGACACUUUGCUACAUUGUAAAGUAGUGAGUGUACAGCUUGUAUAGCAGUGUACAUUUGCUGUCCCCUCAAAAUAACUCAACACACAGCCAUUAAUGUCUAAACCGCUGGCAACAAAAGUGAGUACACCCCUAAGUGAAAAUGUCCAAAUUGGGCCCAAUUAGCCAUUUUCCCUCCCCGGUGUCAUGUGACUCUUUAGUGUUACAAGGUCUCAGGUGUGAAUGGGGAGCAGGUGUGUUAAAUUUGGUGUCAUCGCUCUCACACUCCCUCAUACUGACUGGUCACUGGAAGUUCAACAUGGCACCUCAUGGCAAAGAACUCUCUGAGGAUCUGAAAAAAAUAUUUGUUGAUCUACAUAAAGAUGGCCUGGGCUAUAAGAAGAUUGCCAAGACCCUGACACUGAGCUGCAGCACGGUGGCCAAGACCAUACAGAGGUUUAACUGGACAGGUUCCACUCAGAACAGGCCUCGCCAUGGUCGACCAAAGAAGUUGAGUGCACGUGCUUGGCGUCAUAUCCAGAGGUUGUCUUUGGGAAAUAGACGUAUGAGUGCUGCCAGCAUUGCUGCAGAGGUUGAAGGGGUGGGGGGUCAGCCUGUCAGUGCUCAGACCAUACGCCGUACACUGCAUCAAAUUGGUCUGCAUGGCUGUCGUCCCAGGUGGAAGCCUCUUCUAAAGAUGAUGCACAAGAAAGCCCGCAAACAGUUUGCUGAAGACAAGCAGACUAAGGACAUGGAUUACUGGAACCAUGUCCUGUGGUCUGAUGAGACCAAGAUAAACGUAUUUGGUUCAGAUGGUGUCAAGCGUGUCUGGCGGCAACCAGGUGAGGAGUACAAAGACAAGUGUGUCUUGCCUACAGUCAAGCAUGGUGGUGGGAAUGUCAUGGUCUGGGGCUGCAUGAGUGCUGCCGGCACUGGGGAGCUACAGUUCAUUGAGGGAACUGUGAAUACCAACAUGUACUGUGACAUACUGAAGCAGAUCAUGAUCCCCUCCCUUCGGAGACUGGGCCGCAGGGCAGUAUUCCAACAUGAUAACGACCCCAAACACACCUCCAAGACGACCACUGCCUUGCUAAAGAAGCUGAGGGUAAAGGUGAUGGACUGGCCAAGCAUGUCUCCAGACCUAAACCCUAUUGAGCAUCUGUGGGGCAUCCUCAAACGGAAGGUGGAGGAGUGCAAGCUCUCUAACAUCCACCAGCUCCGUGAUGUCGUCAUGGAGGAGUGGAAGAGGACUCAAGUGUCAACCUGUGAAGCUCUGGUGAACUCCAUGCCCAAGAAGGUUAAGGCAGUGCUGGAAAAUGAUGGUGGCCACACAAAAUAUUGACACUUUGGGACCAAUUUGGACAUUUUCACUUAGGGGUGUACUCACUUUUGUUGCCAGCGGUUUAGACAUUAAUGGCUGUGUGUUGAGUUAUUUUGAGGGGACAGCAAAUGUACACUGUUAUACAAGCUGUACACUCACUACUUUACAUUGUAGCAAAGUGUCAUUUCUUCAGUGUUGUCACAUGAAAAGAUAUACCCAAAUAUUUACAAAAAUGUGAGGGGUGUACUCACUUUUGUGAUAUACUGUACAUACAGAUACAGACACAGAUACAGACACAGAUACAGACGCAGAUACAGAUGCCGAUACAGAUACAGACACAAAUACAGACACACAUACAGACACAGGUACAGACACAGACACACAUACAGAUACAUACCCAGAUACAGACGCAGAUACAGACACGUACAGAUACAUACACAUAUACAUACACAGAUACAUACAGAUACAGACACAUAUACAUACAGAUACAGACAGAUACAUACACAGAUACAUACAAACACAUAUACAUACAGAUAGAUACAGAUACCGACACAUAUACAGACACACAUACAGACACAUAUACAGACGCAGAUACAGACACAGACACACAUACAGAUACCGACGCAGAUACCGACGCAGAUACAGACGCAGAUACAGAUACAGAUACAGACACACAUACAGAUACAGACACAGAUACAGAUUCAGACACAGAUACAGAUUCAGACACAGAUACAGAUAUAGAUAUAGAUAUAGAUAUAGAUACAGACACAGAUAUAGACACAGACACAGAUACAGAUAUAGAUAUAGAUACAGACACAGAUAUAGACACAGACACAGACACAGACACAGAUAUAGACACAGACACAGAUACAGAUAUAGACAUAGAUACAGACACAGAUACAGAUACAGAUAUAGAUACAGAUAUAGACACAGACACAGACACAGGCACAGACACAUAUAAAGAUACAGACACAGAUAGAGAUACAUGGCCACAGUAGAACACACAGAGACAGGACUCUCAUCUGUUCGGUCGCAGCAGAGAAUAGUAAUGAAUGAGUAGUGAAGUAUUGGGUUGUCUUCAGGGCAGGUGUAGACGUUAGUAUGGAAAAGAUGAUGAUUGUAAUGGUUAUGAUGGUGAUGUUUAUGAUGAUAUGAUGAAGAUCCUCUGCAAACCUUAUUAAGAAGUUUACUCUCCUGAAAGGCUAAAGUGCUCAGACCACAUCUUACUACAAAACAGAGUCCUCUAUAUGGGGUAAAACGGUGUGAAUUUACACAGUGAUACAUAAGCCUUUGUGUGAUGAUGCAUCAGUCUGUCACUGUCUGUGUCCCUAUACCCUGUCUGCAUGUUUCUUGCCUUCACUUAUUAGAGCCAUGUGAGAGACACAGCCUUAUGGAUUUACUGUAAGUCCUUGGUUUUUACCUUUUAAGCCAGUGAAAGCAUAUUAUUUAUGUAUUUACAUGUACAUGAUUUAUUUUCUAUUUAUUUGUUUUCUAAUGAUUUGUUUUCUAUUUGUUUUGUGUAUUCAUGUUUAUUGAUUCUGUUGGUUUACAUUUGGAGGGGAUGUUAUAAUGAGGCAUUAUUUGACACUAUUAGUAAUGUAGCUAUUUAUUUUCUUAUAUUUUUGUACUUUUGUUCUAUUGCUGCCAAUGAGGUGUUUGUUCAGAUUCUCUCCUAUUUGAACACGGUAAAGAGCGGAGUGUGAUUGUACGUCUCUGUUGUGUGCAGUCCUCUUAUUCUACUGGAACUGGGUUGCCAUUGGUUUGUCAGAACUGUGUUAUAAUCUAAAUCUAGACCUGAAGCAAACCUCUCUUAAUGGUUGACAGAAUCGUGACAUGUUCAAGUAAUGUUUGAUGAAUGCUGAACUAACAAUGCUGAACUGUUUGAUGAAUGCUGAACUUUGGUAGUUGGGUUUAGGCUUGAGUCUAAACCCAACUACCAAAUGACCUGUGAGUUUCAUUGGGGCAUGCUUAUGUCCAUUAUCUAGUACACUGGCGUAGCAAACACACCCGCAGCUUUGUGGGUCCCCAAUCCCCCCCUGCAAAUUAUUCUUUUUGGGGGUACUAAUCUAACAUAUGGAAUUGUUUUAAGAUGGUCAUACCAUGGAUCAUUAUAAAAAAUAUUAUUUUAUAAAAUGUUGAAUUUGGCCUUUUCUACCAUAGCCCAUUGAAACACAUUAAAUAACACCUUUAUAAAUGGCAAAAAAUGUCAGUAAAAAUAUAAAUAAUAAGGAUUUGAGGUGUCUGUCCUACAUCUAGGAGAUAUAAGAACGCUCUGGAAAUAUAUAUAUAUUUUAUUUUCUUCACAUAUUUAACCCCUUAUUUUUUGAGGCACAAAACUACCUUCAUACUUCCAUGCAUUUGUUUGGGUUACAGUCAGAUGAGUGAUGGUCCUAGAGCAAAACUGAGACACUGUCGUGUUCGUGAGAGUCUCCCCUUUCCAUAGAUUGGUCAUAAGAGUUUGUAACCAUUCGGAGGCUACAGAGGUUUUCGUGAGAAGACCGAUUUUUAAGAUGUUUCAUGAUCUGAUAAAGAUGGCUGUACCUCGGCCACCUUCCAUUGCAGAUGCGGAAGGCCGACAUAGGCAGAUGUGGUGGAUUGAGACGUAACCCAUGCAGGAAACCUGAUAUCUAUCUUAAACUGACACAUUUUGAUGGGGAUGUUUUGAUAAUGUGACUUAGAUUGAUGCACGGGUCAGUCUGUAUGAUGGAAAGAGCAGGGGUUCUUAAUGGUUUGUAUGCUCAGUGUAUGUCAACUCUGUCAGACACCAUAAAAGGCAUUUCAUUUUUGCAACUAUUGUCCAACAAGUGUUUCAUUUCUAGAAAAAAAUAAGGAAGGGAAGCGCUGCUAAGGUACACAAUAGUACAUUUUGGCAGACAGAAGGUGCUCUUUGGUAAAAGGGGUAAAUUGGUCAUCAAAAAGAAAGGAGGACCAAGGCACUCUUCAUAUAAUUAAUUAAAAUGCCUUCAUUUGUAUGGCAUGUUCAAUGGAAACAAAGAUUAAAAACUCUGACGCGUUUCGGCUGCAUAGCCGUUUGUCAGGGAGUACAAAGAUAUGAUAAUACAAUGUCAUUUUUUGAACAGCAUUUUCCAAUCAACCCUGUUUUGAAGAGGGAGUGAUUACAUAAUUCAUUGGACAACAACUAGUAAGCAAUACUAUAACCAUUAAAAAGUCCAAUCAAAAUGCAAAUCAAGGCUAGAAGCAUCAGAACCCCUAGAAAAGUGGUUCUAACCUUGAAUAUGAGCCAUCUAAUUUAUAGUACAUUAGGUGAUCUUUUUAAUGUGUAUAGUAUUGCUUACUGGGUGUUGUCCAAUGAAUUGUGUUAGCACUCCCUCUGCAAAUCAGGGUUGAUUGGAAAAUGCUGUUCAAAAGAGGACAUUGUAUUAUCGUAUCUUUGAAGUUUUGAAUCUUUGUUUCCAUUAAACAUGCCAUACAAAUAAAGGUAUUUUAAUGAAUUAUAUGAAAAGUGCCUUGAUCCUCUUAUCUUUUUAGUGUUUAAUGGCCUUGAUUGUUUAAUUCUAACAUUAGAUUAUUCAAAUAUGUCAUACCAACCUCCAAACUGUUUAGUUUUAUAGCACUAUUAAAUGCUUGGCUAAUUUCAUUAGCAUUUUGGCAUGUUUUUCUAGAUUUAGAACAUAAAACAACAUUUAUAAAGCAAAUAUUAUCCCUUAGGUCCAGCACAGCAGAUACAUCAAUUGUUUAAGCAUAUGUUGCAGAACAAUGAUACAAAUAUUCUUCCAGAAUAUUGAUCAAAUAAUCAUAUUGACUCCGUCAAUGACGGAGUUGACAGACCACUGACUGAGUUGAGAACAGAUACUCAAAACAGACACAUUUUUGUCUUUAGAUAUAAAAGCUCAAUACAAACAUUUGUAAAAUAUGGAAAAUAAUUUAUUUGAAAAUGCCCAAUAAAAACACAACUAUUCUAUAAGAUAUUUCAACACUUUGACAGAGUUAACAAUAUUGUUUGUAGAGAACUUUACAGACCAUGAGUGGUCCUGUUGCACUACAUGUAAUGAGAACAUGAAUAAGGGGUCCUUAAGGGUAUAGCUGACCCUGCUCUUUCCUGAUUAAUUUAGGAUUUUAGACAAAUCUGACUGAGUACACCAAAUCUCCGUACACAUCUUUUAGGAAUCACAGUUCACAGUUUUAGGAAUCACAGAGAAAUAUUAUUUAAAGUCACAGAGGGCUAUUGAAAGAAACUACAUAAUAUCAUUUUUCAGUUAUUAUCCAUUAUUGCCAUUUUUUAUUUUAACCACUUUUUUGGAACGUUUGAAAUUUGAAGAAUUUGCUCCGGACAAGGGCAUUUCCAGGCAUAGUCCUCAUGGAAAUUAACAAUAUUGAAAGUAUUUUGAAAAUUCCCUAAACAAAUAUUUUCCCUUGCAAAAUUCCCCUCAAUGUACAUUCUAAGCUCAAAUAAUGCAGUAAAAACUUUUAUUUUUCAACUGCUAGCUUUUUAAUAAACCUUUUUAAAAAAAGAACAUUUUUUACCACCUUUUUCUCCCCAAUUUCAUGAUUCCAAACUUGUCUCAUCGCUGCAACUCCCCAACGGGCUCAGGACAGGCGAAGGUCUGAAACAUGACCUGCCAAGCCACGUUUCUUAACACCCGCUCGCUUAACCCGGAAGCCAGCUUCCCCAAUGAGUCGAAGGAAACACCAAAUCACCCUGCAGGUGCCCGGCACACCACAAGGAGUCAAUAAAUGAGCCAAGUAAGGCUCCCCCAGCCAAACCCUCCUCUAUCCCGGACCACGCUGGGCCAAUUGUGUGCCCCCGUAUGGGACUCCCGGUCACGGCUGGUUGCGGCACAGCAUGGGAUCAAACCCCAGGCUUUGGUGACACCGCAACACUGCAGUGCCUUAGACUGCUGCGCCACUCGGAAAGCCCCUACAGAUAACUCUUAAGGUAGAAGUUGCCCAUAGGCAUAGAUCUAGGAUCAGCUUGUCUCUUCUCCAAUUCUAACCUUAACCAUGAUGGAUGGGAACACAACCUUGACAGUGUCUAUGGGCAACUUUGUCCUUCUCCAUUCUAGAUAGUCAAGGUAAGGGGUCAGAGUUCAGCUCUAUUGUGUCACUUCCUUGAUGAGAUCUGUGCUAUUAGACCACUAGAGCCAUAUAGACAGGUUGCCUGAUUCUGAAUGGUCAGAUACCUACUGUAGCAACAAUGACAAGAAGCUGCCAUGUGGGCAAUCGUAGGCAGAUUGUUUCAGAUAGUUGUAUCUUGUUCUUGAUACCAUGUCUUGUUUUGAGGUGUUUUGACUUAUGUCACAUCUAAGCUAAUAUGGCUCAAUUUUGCUAAGUAGCUAACCAACAACUGUAACAAUAUAUUUGAUAAACAACAAGUGCUUAUUGUGCAAAUGUAUGUUUUCAAUAAACAUUUGGAGACUAAAUAUAGUUUACAUGUUGUCAAUAAUCCUUUGGAGUUGACAGUUGUUUUGCCCCAGAGUUGCACCCUCAUCGGUUUUGUUGCUUAACAACCCAGCCAUCUCUUACAUAGUCAGUCUGUGUUGUGUGCUUAAACCAAUGAUGUAUAUAUACCCUGGAUUGGAGAUGCUAUGUAUUGGCCAUUUUGAGGCUUUAAAGACACUGGUCGGCCAUAUUGGUACUCCCCAGUAGAAGCAGUCCUCCAUAGUAGCGAAUUAAAUUCUACAAUAUUUCAAUUAAAUGUUUGAAGGACAAAAUUGCAUGUAUUUAAGUAUUUUGAUGUUGUAGUGGGGAGAGUAACAUUAGUAAUCUCUACAAAUGAUAAUUUAAUGAAUAUGUUUUAUGUAUUUUUUUAUCUAACAUUUUUAUGUGUAGCUCACAUAAUAUAAUGUAAAAGUAUGCAUCAAGGUGUCUUUAAUAGAAUAGAUGUGGCAAAAACAAAUGACAUUAAGAAAUGCAUUUCUAGCUCCCAAAAUAUUUUUACAACGGUAGGGGAGUGCCAAGAUGAAGGCAGUGUGGUGUCAACACAGUCAUCUUGUGUAUUUUAGUGUUCUAGUGUAUAUAUAGAUCAUUGGCUGAAACACUUGCACCCAGACUGUAUACUGGGUAAUGUAAUAGGUGAGCGAGAAAUAAAAACAAAACAUGUACAUGAGCUACAAUAAAAACUCUGUAACAUAAUAGAUAAUAACUUCCUAUGAACGUAUGAUAACUAGAGGUGGGUGGCUGUGUGAAAAUCUGUUAUUCAUAAUAUUUCAUAAAAAACAGCUGUGAAAAUUUUA